AUGGAGCUUGAGGCCUGCACUGAGAAAUCUGUAACUGUCUCAAACCCUUGCAUUCGUUUUCUCUCCCUUUUCUUUCUUUUCUUUUCUCUCCCCUUUCUUUCUUUGCUUUUCUCUUCCCUUUCUUUCUUUGCCUUUCUCUCCCCUUCUUUCUUUUUUCUCUCCCCUUUCUUUCUUUGUUCUCUCCCCUUUCUUUCUUUGCUUUUCUCUUCCCUUUCUUUCUUUGCCUUUCUCUCCCCUUUCUUUCUUUGCUUUUCUCUCCCCCUUUCUUUCUUUGCCUUUCUCCCCGCUUUUUCUGCUAUCUUUUCCCACUUUCCUUUUCUCUCUUCCCAUGUUUUUGUCUCACUCUCUCGCUACUUUCACUAUAGAGGAAAAAUUCUUUUCCCUCUCUCAACUUCCUUUUUCUCUCUCUCUCCUCUAUUUCAUUUUCCCCUCUCUCUCCACACAUUAUCUCUUCUUUCGCUCUCCAGGUUCUUUUUUCCUCUUCUCCACAUUCUCUCUCUCUCUCACUCUCUCCUGCCUUCAAUUUUCUUCUUUCACUUUCUCACCACUUUCUUUUUUUUCGUUCUCUCUCUCUUCCUCGACCCAUUUUUAUUCUUUUUUUCUCUUCCUCGUUCUCCUCUUCUCUCUUCUUUCUCUCGCUCCACAUUCUCAUUCUUCCUAACACCUCUCUCUUUUCUUCGCAUCUCCCCUCUUUCUUUUCUUUUGUCUCUCUUUCUUCACAUAUUCUUUCCUCUUUGA